UCAGUGCGCAUGCGCGCUGCUCUCCUCCGCUCUCCGCCCUCCAAGCCGUCAGUUCGGCUCCGUUCUCCACCUGACAGCUGAUCAGAACCGGACUCCGGGCUCCCCUCCAGCGGCGGUGAGGUUCCGGGAGAACCAGCGGAGGCAUGCGGCGCUGCUGAUCGCUUCCCUCCCGUCUCGUCCGGAUGCGCUCGGCCCGAUCAUGUCUGUGAGGGAGAAGGCGGUCCAGACCAAGGACAGCGUCAGCCUGCUGCCCUGCUUCUACUUUGUGGAGCUACCCAUCCUGGUGUCCUCUGUGGUCAGUCUCUACUUCCUGGAGUGGACGGACGUCUUCAAGCCGGUGAAGUCUGGGUUUCACUGCCAUGACCGCAGCUUGAGCCUGCCCUACGUCGACCCGAACCAUGAGGUCAUCCCGCUGCUGAUGCUGCUCAGCCUGGCCUUCGCUGGACCAGCCAUCACGAUCAUGAUCGGGGAGGCUGUCUUGUUCUGCUGCCUCACUCGGACGAAGAGCGGUGGAGCAACCGAGGCCAACAUCAAUGCAGCCGGCUGCAACUUCAACUCAUUCAUCCGCAGAGCCAUCCGCUUCGUCGGGGUCCAUGCCUUCGGCCUUUGUGCCACGGCCCUCAUCACGGAUGUCCUGCAGCUGAUGACGGGCUACCCGGCGCCGUACUUCCUCACCGUGUGCAAACCCAACUACACCACACUCAACGUCAGCUGUGACAAGAACCCCUAUGUGAUUGAGGACAUCUGCUCUGGAGGCGACCCUGCAGCCAUCAACCAGGGGAGGAAGUCCUUCCCAUCCCAGCACGCCACGCUGGCCUCCUUCGCCGCCGUCUACGUAUCUAUGUACUUCAACAGCACUCUAACAGACUCGUCCAAGCUGCUGAAGCCUCUGCUGGUCUUCUCCUUCAUCAUGAGCGCCAUUGUCUGCGGCCUGACCCGGAUCAUCCAGUAUAAGAACCAUUCGGUGGACGUCUACUUGGGCUUCCUGAUCGGAGGGUCUAUUGCUGUUUACCUGGGUGUCUAUGCAGUGGGAAACUUUCAGUCCAGUGAGGACGCCGGCAGCAGCCCUCCUGUCCUGGUGCACCACCCGUCCUGCUCGCUGCCACACGUCAGUCAGGAGGCCGUCCUCCAUCACCUGCAGAUGAAAGCAAUGAGCGCGGAGGUCGGCCUCCCCGCCUCCCACUCUGAGAGCGUCCUUCACCGAGGCCUCCAGGUGCAGCGGCCUGAAGACGGCCUCCAGCGCUCCAUGGAGGCACUGUCGCCCUGCGGCGCGCAGAGCAAAGACGCCGCCAUGACGUUCAGCCACACACUGCCUCGGGUUCAUACCCCUCAGGCCAUUGCCGCGUACGAAGAGGCCGCCAGGCGCCACGCCGCCACCCUCCACCACGCCUCCAUGGACUCCAGCCGCUCUAAGCAGCUGCUGUCCCAGUGGAAAAGCAAGAACACCAACCAUAAAUGCUCCCCGGACUCCUUCUCCUCCUCCGUCGACUCGUCCUCCGGCCACGCCUCCCACCUCCCUCACCACGGCAGCAGCGAGCUGCGCUCCAGCUCUGAGCCGGCCACUGUGGGCCUAAACGGGGGCUUUGAUGCCAGUGCGUAUAUGGCGAAGCUUCCUCCUGGAAUCAGCUCCACUCUCCCCAGUAACUGCAGUGGGAUCACCGGAGGGGCCCGGAUACCCAUGCAAUCUAGGCCCGGCUCUUCACAGCUGGUGCACAUACCGGAGGAGGCUCACGAGAACUACAACCCGGCCUCCCAAAGGACACUGGGGGGAGGCGGCGACAUGAAUGUCGGCACUUCAGUUCAGGCUAACUGGCAAAGAGCGGCGGAGAAGACGGGCAGCAUCCAGAGCGGCCAGCCCAGGAUCCUGCAGGUGAUCGCCAUGUCCAAGCAGCAGGGUCUGCUGCAGACCCAUUCCAAGAGCUUAGACGACAGCAGCAUGGGGUUCAACGACAGUGGAGGCGCCCAAGUCGGCGCCCGUCACAGGGGACUCACCAACCACGACCCUGGCAGCACCACUGGGCCCGGCUCACUGGGCAGCACUGCAGGCAGCAUUUCUGGAAGCACCGGGGCUAUCGUCAGGGUAGAGGCCCACCCUGAGAACACCCGGCCCGUCAUCCAGGCUCCGUCCACAGACGGGAGCGGCUCCUGGAGGUGGAGGUCACUGGAUCAUGGAGGAGGCGGGAGUUCAGGGAGCGGGGGUGUCGGCAGUGGAUCGGGUCCUGGGAGGCACACCGCAGAGCACAACGAUCAGAACGUGGACUCGGAGAGUUCCGACUCCAUACGCGACGGGUCUGUUGACCCCAAACAUGGCAAUAACGUCAUCGCCACCACCUCAUCCAUGGCGACCACUGGCCAGGCAGAGCAGAGGCUCCACCACCAGGGCCUCUCCACCAUUCGGGUCACUCCAGGAGACGGCUGCAGCUCUGGAACUGCAGGAGGCGUUAGAGAGAACGCCUCAGAAAUCCCCUCAGUAGCUUCCAGUCGCGAGUCGACUCUGCGAAGAAAAAGCAAUAAUAUCAUCCUGAUCCCGGAGAGAGCCGACAGCCCGGAUAAUGCCAGGAACGUUUUCUACAAGGGGACCUCCAUGACCCCCACCUUCAAGGAAUAAAGCCCACCUGAGCGGGAAGAAGGCGGGACAGGUGGAGCUUCGUGUUCCAAACAGCUUUUCUAUGUAGCAUGGUUCUUCUUCUACACGUUUACACAAAAGCACAAGCGUUUCUGUGUUGGUGAAAUAAUCACUGUGUUUUUUGCGUGGUCACUCCUGAGGAAACCUUUUUUAUAGAGUGCUGUUUCCCAUGCAGACAGAAUCCUUUCCCAGCUGUGAAACCAAUGUUUACUUCCCUGCAUUGUAAAUACUCUGUAUACUUGAAAGUGGUGCUACACCAGCCAAAACCAUUGACCUUGCAUAGCGUUCAGUCUUAUCCAAAUGCACCCAUCAUUGUUUUACAAAGAUUUUAAACUCAGUGGUUUAUAAACGAUGCAUCUUCUCUGUACAGAUACCCGUCUGUAGCGGAAUACUGUUGGAACCAUAAGUGAGCUUAGCAUCUAUCAUGUAGCUACAAAGGCAAAUUAGCUGGAACUUGCCUAAAAGAAGAGGUGUUUACUCUGUAUCAUACUGUACAAAUAAUACACACAUACACAUAUAUCUAUAUAUUUGUGUAGAUCCGUGCAGCCUGCUCAGCACAAACAGCAGCAAAGCACUGCAGCCAAACUGUUUUCUGACUCCACUUUCUAUGUUGUCAUAUUUUAAACCAAGUCAAACGUAUUUCAGUGAAUCCUUUUUGUAUGCAUGAGUAAACCUGAAAUAGAAAACCUUUCUCCCUCAACAUUCUUCCAAUAAAGGUGAUAAAUACAACUUUAACCUCUCCAGCCA